CGCACUUGGCCCGCUCGCUCCCUCCCGCAGUUGUCGGCCCGCGGCGGACCGACGGUCCCGCGCUCUCGCGAGAAGUUCGCCGCUGCUGGGCGGUGGGGGUGCCGAGUCCUCCCCGGCCCUGGAGGGGCCCAAGAUGGGGUGGUGCGCGAUGAAGCCGCAGCUUCUGCUGCUGGCCCUCGUCUUGCAGCCCUGGAAGCCGUGCGUAGCUGCAGACUCCGAGAAGCCCGUCAGCAUCCCCACAGAUAAAUUAUUAGUCAUAACUGUAGCAACAAAAGAAAGUGAUGGAUUCCAUCGAUUUAUGCAGUCAGCCAAAUACUUCAAUUAUACUGUGAAGGUCCUUGGUCAAGGAGAAGAAUGGAGAGGUGGUGAUGGAAUUAAUAGUAUUGGAGGGGGCCAGAAAGUCAGAUUAAUGAAAGAAGUUAUGGAACAUUAUGCCAGUCAAGAGGAUCUGGUUGUCUUGUUUACUGAAUGCUUUGAUGUCAUAUUUGCUGGUGGUCCAGAAGAAGUUUUAAAAAAGUUCCAAAAGUCAAACCACAAAGUGGUCUUUGCAGCAGAUGGGAUCCUGUGGCCAGAUAAGAGACUAGCAGACAAGUAUCCCGUUGUGCACAUUGGGAAACGCUACCUGAAUUCAGGAGGAUUUAUUGGUUAUGCUCCAUAUGUCAACCGUAUAGUUCAACAGUGGAAUCUACAGGAUAAUGAUGAUGAUCAGCUAUUUUAUACUAAAAUUUACAUUGAUCCACUGAAGAGGGAAGCUAUUAACAUCACAUUGGAUCACAAAUGCAAAAUUUUCCAGGCCUUAAAUGGAGCUGUAGAUGAAGUUGUUUUGAAAUUUGAAAAUGGCAAAGCCAGAGCUAAGAAUGUGUUUUAUGAAACAUUACCAGUGACAAUUAAUGGAAAUGGGCCCACCAAGGUUCUCCUGAAUUACUUUGGAAACUAUGUCCCUAAUGCGUGGACACAAGAGAAUGGCUGCACUCUAUGUGAACUGGAUACAAUUGACUUGUCUGCAGUAAAUGUCUAUCCAAAUGUAACAGUGGGUGUUUUUAUUGAGCAACCAACCCCUUUCCUAUCUCGAUUUCUGGACAUAUUGUUGACACUGGAUUACCCCAAAGAAGCAGUUAAAGUCUUUAUUCAUAACAAAGAAGUUUAUCAUGAAAAGGACAUCAAGGUAUUUUUUGAUAAAGCUAAAUAUGAAAUCAGUACUAUAAAAAUUGUAGGACCAGAAGAAAAUCUAAGUCAAGCCGAAGCCAGAAACAUGGGAAUGGAUUUUUGCCGUCAGGAUAAAAACUGUGAUUAUUACUUCAGUGUGGAUGCAGAUGUUGUUUUGACAAAUCCAAGGACUUUAAAAAUUUUGAUUGAACAAAACAGAAAAAUCAUUGCUCCUCUUGUAACUCGUCAUGGAAAGCUGUGGUCCAACUUCUGGGGAGCACUGAGUCCUGAUGGAUACUAUGCUCGAUCGGAAGAUUAUGUGGAUAUUGUUCAAGGGAAUAGAGUAGGGAUAUGGAAUGUCCCAUACAUGGCUAAUGUGUACUUAAUUAAAGGAAAAACACUCCGAUCAGAGAUGAGUGAAAGGAACUACUUUGUUCGAGAUAAACUGGAUCCUGACAUGGCUCUUUGCCGAAACACUAGAGAAAUGACUUUACAAAGGGAAAAAGACUCCCCUACUCCGGAAACAUUCCAAAUGCUCAGCCCCCCAAAGGGUGUAUUUAUGUACAUUUCUAAUAGACAUGAAUUUGGAAGACUAUUAUCAACUGCUAAUUACAAUACUUCUCAUUAUAACAAUGACCUCUGGCAGAUUUUUGAAAAUCCUGUGGACAGCCGUAUAUCUGGUGGUUAUGAAAAUGUCCCAACUGAUGAUAUCCACAUGAAGCAAGUUGAUCUGGAGAAUGUAUGGCUUCAUUUUAUCCGGGAGUUUAUUGCACCAGUUACACUGAAAGUCUUUGCAGGCUAUUAUACGAAGGGGUUUGCACUGUUGAAUUUUGUGGUAAAAUACUCCCCUGAUAGACAGCGCUCUCUUCGCCCUCAUCACGAUGCUUCUACGUUUACCAUCAACAUUGCACUCAAUAAUGUGGGGGAAGAUUUCCAGGGAGGUGGCUGCAAAUUUCUAAGGUACAAUUGCUCUAUUGAAUCACCAAGAAAAGGCUGGAGCUUCAUGCAUCCAGGGAGACUCACGCAUUUGCAUGAAGGACUUCCUGUUAAAAACGGAACAAGAUACAUCGCGGUGUCAUUUAUAGAUCCCUAAGUUAUUUACUUUUCAUUGAAUUGACUUUUUUUUUUGGAAUGAAUGAAUGGUAUGAACAUGUGUUUGAAGUUGUGCUUGAGAAGAUCAGAGGAAUAUUUAAAUAACUUCAACAGAACAACUUCACUUUGGGCCAAACAUUUGAAAAACUUUAUAAAAAAUUGUUUGAUAUUUCCUAAUGUCUGCUCUGAGCCUUAAAUCACAGAUUGGAGGAGAAAAGAAAGAAAAAAAAGUAAAAGCGAGUAUUUAUUUCUAUACCUUAUUGUCUCUGAGAAUAAUGACAAUUUUCUGAAUUUGUGUUUCAGUUGAUAAGAUAUUCAGAUACAAAUGUACAAGUAACAAACGAGAUUAAUAAUAUUUUCUUAUUUAACAAAAACCUGGGGGAAAUUUUAUUUAUCAACAUGCAGAUAAAAUGGAUAUAAAUGAAAAUUGGCCAUUUUUGAAAUGUUGGGAAAUUGGAAUUCUAACUGAAUUGUGUGCAACGAAUUGUGCACGUUUUUUGACUACCUAUGCAGGUAUCUUUUACAGUAGUUCCUGAUGGAAUCUAAAGAACAAUAUUACACAAUGUUUUUUUUUAAGAAACUUAGUACAAAAUACAAUGAGCGCAUACCCGGUUGAAAACAUUUUUGUUUAGAUUGAUACACAAAUGUUUUUUUAACAUUUGUAUUAGAAGUCAAGACCUAUGUUCCUUCAGAUAAAUUUUCCAAGAUAGAUUAUAGUAAGUAGAUAUUAGAUUUAGAAAAGCUUCAAGCCUUUCCAUUUCUUGUUGACUUAAAUCACCAAGUGUUCUUAAGUCAAAAAGAUUGUUUUUGUUUUUUUAAUUCUAGAAAAUAAUGAGGAAAUUUUUUUUUGAGAUAGUAGUAGCAUUUUAUGAUUUAAAAAAAAAAUUUUAAGUACUUGAAUUUUGUAUCAGGAAAAUAAAGUUGGUGAGCCUUUCUUCUUUCCUUUUGCCCUUGUUUCCCUCCUUAUUCUCUUUUUGGGAGGGUUUUUCACUUUUUGUCUUCCCAGCAUAGUCUCCAUUUUAUCCUUCUUACUCUUUUUAUUACCUUCUCCCUAUUCCACUUUAAAAUAAUUUCCAAACACAAAAAAUUUAUGACUUGAUUUUUCACCAUUUCUUUGAGUGAGGUUUAAAUACCCUUAUUGUAGCUACUGUUUUUAAUUUAAAGGUUAAACUUGAAAAAAGUUCUAAGUCAUGGUGCCAAAAUUCAUUUUUCUAACACUGUGUGUUAGAAAAUUAUGAAAAAUAAAAUAAUGUAAAACAA